CGUAAUGUGUCCCACAUAAAGCCGACGUGAUGACGACACACGUGGAGCUGCGGACACGUGACCUAUUUACCUGUGCUCAACCUGUUGAUCUCUACUGCGCCUCCGGCUCGCCGCUUAAGGAAACAUUCAAAUCCUCGUCGUUUACCUUGAAAGUCAGUCUUUUCCACGGGUUUCUCAGAGUAAACGCUACAAGCUACGACACAAUUGUCAAGUUUUUUUUGUUGCGAGAUUUUAUUCACCGAGUUUGUGGACUUCGAUCUUGGUCAGGCACCUGUUUCAAACAAGGAAGUUCAGUCUGGUUCAACCCGUCGUUGAUAAAGUCGGUGGGGCGUCUGUAAAUGGAUGUGGAUUAGGUCGGUUGUCUAUUCUGAAAGGCGAGUUUAUUCCCCAUGUUGAUCCUAUAAUUGCGUUUUGGACGAUAGCCUGCCAUCUAAACGGGAUAAAGCUGCUUCCACCCUCCCCGCGACAAGAUGAACAUUUCUUUGGAGUCCAUGGAUUCAUCAGCAGAAAAUAAUUCUAUUGUCCACCUGACUGCACCAAUCCUCCCAGAUAUGUCGGUCAUCUCCAAUAUGACCAUCAUUCAAACCAGCAACGGGACGAUCAUAGAAGACCACAUGUUUUUGAACACAGUGGCUGCUCAGGCCCUCUCAGGGAUAUUUGUCUGGUCCGCCUUGCUCAUGACAUGCCACCAGAUCUAUACACACCUUCGGUCCUACACUGUCCCCAACGAGCAGCGCUACAUCAUCCGCAUCCUGUUUAUCGUGCCAGUUUAUGCCUUUGACUCUUGGCUCAGCCUGCUCUUUAUCAGCAACGACCAGUACUACGUCUACUUUGAUUCUGUUCGAGACUGCUACGAAGCGUUCGUCAUUUACAAUUUCCUGAGCCUGUCCUUUGAGUAUCUGGGAGGAGAGAGUGGGAUCAUGUCAGAGAUCCGAGGGAAGACCAUACAGUCAAGUUGUCUGUACGGUACCUGCUGCCUCGGCGGAACGAGCUACUCCAUCGGCUUCUUAAGAUUCUGCAAACAGGCGACUCUCCAGUUCUGCGUUGUCAAACCCAUCAUGGCAGUCAUCACCAUCAUCCUGCAGGCCUUUGGCAAAUAUCAUGAUGGAGAUUUUAACAUAAAUGGAGGAUACCUAUAUAUCACCAUCAUCUACAACUUCUCAGUCAGUCUGGCUCUCUACGCUCUCUUCCUCUUCUUCUUCGCAACAAGUGACCUGCUCAGGCCGUACGAACCAGUGCUGAAAUUCCUCACAAUCAAAUCUGUCAUCUUCUUAUCGUUCUGGCAAGGAAUGGUCCUCGCCAUCCUGGAGCGCUGCAGCGUCAUACCCAAAGCGCUCUACAUCGAUGGACAAAUGGUCGGCGCCGGCACCGUGGCAGCAGGCUGGCAGAACUUCAUCACCUGCAUCGAAAUGUUCUUUGCUGCGAUUGCCCUCCGAUACGCCUUCACCUGCACCGUCUACCAGGAGAAAAAAAAUGAUGUGCCAGAAAACAUCCCUCCUAUGCACAGCAUCUCCAGCGGUCUGAAGGAGACCAUAAACCCGGGAGACAUGGUACAGGAUGCGAUUCACAACUUUUCCCCAGCCUACCAGCAGUACACCCAGCAGUCCACACAGGACGUAGUCCAGCCCAGCACAAACGGAAAAGUGGCCGCAGGCAACAAGAGCUCGCGCAAGUCUGACAAAAUCAUGCUGAUCACCUCUGAUGAUGAGUUAUAGACAUUUUUUCCAGCAAGAUCCAGGUGUUUGGGUUCUUGCCAUCCAUAUCUCUGACCUCUGGGGAAUCGGCUGUAUCGCACAUUGCACAGAGCUGGAUUGAAUCCAGGUGUUUCAUUUUUAUUAUCCCAGUAUUUAAGAUGGACUGCUUGCUUUUGUCCUGUUAUAAUGAAUAAUUUAAUCAGCAAGAGGAGGAUGAAAUGAAUAGUAUUUUUUUUUUUUUUAAUUGAUAGCUCAAUGACCGGAGAACUCGCCUGUCUUCAUCUCGGCAGAAAUAAUCUCAGGAAGAUAACAUGUCACCUUCACGGUAUCGGAGACAUCUGGAGCUGUGCAUUUUCUUUAAAUCAAGCUGCAGGAGUGUCCCUGAUCCUGAUUCUGUUUCAUUCAUUGUGUCACUGCUCGUUCUCUGGACGUCUGCAGUGCGUUCCCUCUGAUUCGUGUCAGUUUCAAAGAGGAAAUGAUUAAUAUGUGACUCCAGGAGGGAAGCAGGGAAGCCAGCGAUGGCUGGGAAUGACACUUUAUGGACCGUCUCUCGCAUCUGCUCGUUUGAAGUAUUUGCUGAGCAUUCCUCUGCAUGGUUCCCUGACAAAUGGAAAGAUUUGUUCAGAUACACGUUCGUUUUGGAGCAGGCGCUUCAGACUGUAGUACUUCGCAAUCCUUUGUAUUUACCGUAGCAUGGACAAAUUGGAUAAACCUGUCUCCUCCAAAGUGGGAGUUCUAUUCUUCUCUUUAAUUUUCCCAGCAUGCUAAAGAGUUUAAUUCAGUGCAACUAGACAGCCGUUCAACAGAUGCUCGCAAUUAGUCUUUUGUAGCUUCUGUACUAUUGUAAAAGCGUUUGUCAGAACCUUUUUUUUGUUUGAUGCGUCACUAUUCGUGUUAAAAUUCCGUGUUCCAGGGAUUAUGAAAUGCACAGGAUUUGAUUGGUGUAAAUUGUGGUAAUUCAUAUGUUCUGUUUAUGUAAAAAGCCAGGGAUAACCCUGUUUGGAAUAUUUUAAUGUAAUGUGUGUAUUCAGACCAAACCAAAUUCUGUGUGGAGGAAAAGUAACGCAACAAAUCUGUGUGGGUUGAGAGACUUUGUAGUUUCUUCUCCCACUUAGUUUUUUAGAAAUGCUAUCUGUAUUUAUGUGACAUGGGAGACGUAUAGCUUUCCUAGUACAUUGUUGGAGACCCCUUCUGUUUAUCAAGUCAGAGGUUGUUUGAAUGUUCAUACCUUGUGCCAAUUAUAGCUGUCUUUCUGGGAAAGCAGAAAUCAAUUGAGUUGGGUACAAAGAUGUAAUUGACUUGUGUGUCUUAGUCCUGUUUUUGUUUGUGUAACUUGAACUGAGUGAAUCUGCACUUCUCAUUGAGGAAAAGAAAAGCUUUAUUUGAAGGUACAAAAGCAGACACUGCAGACUUAUUUAUAGGAAUAAUUUACCAUUCUUUAAAUCAGAGUAGAAACAAAUACAGACUUUAUUUGUACAUGAGGGUAGUUCAUUGAGAAAACAUGUAAGUAAAUGAAUGUAAAAUAAUUUAGGUGUUUUUUUUUUUUUUUAUAAAAUUACACAAUUCAAUGAAAUAAAUAUAAAAUAUAUAUAUGAGCAGAGUAAUGACUUUGUUAUGGGUACAUACUCAGUUUAUGCUGCCUUAUUACUGUCCUCGUUUGGCCUCAACAUGUUGUUUUGAGACUAGAACAAGAAAAACCAUAAACAUCCGAAACACAAACUUAACAUCUGAAAUACAAACAUAGAAACCGCUGAUGUUAAACUAACAUGUAAUGUUUUUCACCCACAACCCUAUUAUCCAUAGAACCUGCUCCAGUCCUUCUAUUGUGGAGCUUCUUCUGAAUUUAUAGUAGAAACCUCUUCGAUCUAGAGUACAAACACUGACUUUCUACAUGUCUAAAGUUAAAUACUGUAGCUUGUUGGACUGGCAAAGCUUGUGUGUGACAUCUUAUUUAGUCAAAGUCAUGUUUUCAGGACGGAUUUUUAAAUUAAAAACUUGAAUACAUAGUCAAGAUACACAAGAAACCUAAUUUUCAUACAUACAUUUGCAUUGUUAUGGUUCAUAAAUGUGUAAAAUAACCACUGAUGUCUUUAAACGGUUCCAUUACAGCUCCUUGGUAUUGUAUAACGAGCUGCAGUUGCUUCAACAGGAAGAAAGACUCAUCCAUGGUAAGUAAUGCUUCUACCUCUGCUCACCCAUACACUUUGUCUACAUUCAUGUAUAACGCUCACUAACAUUAUUUACAGGACUGCUUUUAUCUCAGCAAAAAAGUGGCUUGUAGAAAAUGUAAUCAUUAAAAUAAGUGCUUGUGGUAAGCUAGCCUAAGAGCAACACGUAUUUGAGAGCUUGACCUGUGCUCGGUCACACUGGAUCAACAACAACAAAGAACUUAAUUCACCUGGAGAGAGGUUUUGUCUUUUUACUAAGGCACAGUACGGAAAUGUGUACUCCUUACAGGUUUUAUUUUUAAGAUGUGCUGCCUAAUCAACCUUGGAUCCAAAUUCAGUAAUAUGUGCUAAAAUUAACAAAUGCCUAAUUUUCCAGCAUUUUGUUUUGAAACUUUACCACAAGAGGUCACUGUAACGCUGGUCAGAAAACGCUUCAAGCAGUAAUGUCUUUAUAAUUGACGUGUGUAUAUAUAUGUAUGUAUGUAUGUAUGUAUGUAUGUAUGUAUGUAUGUAUGUAUGCAUGCAUGUAUGCAUGCAUGCAUGCAUAUGCAUACAAAACUAAGUUUCAGAAAAAGAACACAGGAUGUAUCAAUGUAGAAACCAAGUGAAAAUACAAAAAGUAAGAACACAGCAUUGCCCCUGCCUAAAAAUCACAGCAGGUUGUACAGCAGCAAAGUUCCCCAAACUGUUCUUUGCAGCUAUGGAACAGGGGGAAAACUCAUGUCCUCUUAGCCAAGAGACAAUCCUGACAUGAACAAUCUCUAUUGACUUCACUCCAAAUUAGGAAUGGAUCCUCAGUAAGAACGGCUUGAUUUCAAGUGAAUUUCAUAUUUAGAUACCUCAAAACGUACAACGGGAGGAAGGUAUUUACUGCAUUUAGUUGUCGCGACAUCAGCGUUUCUAGAGAUGGGUGUCAGGAGUUCUCUUGCAGAAGAGUGUGUCAAAAGCAAGGUUAAUGGCUACUGUUUCAGAGUUGCCAACACCCCAGCAGCAGCACUUCUCGUGACCCAGCAGUAGGAAUGAUUUCUAUUUGGACGGAGUUCUCAAUGUAAAGUUACAAAGGAGGCAGUGGGAGUUUUAUCAUUUCGGUAGUCUGUAAUAUACAGUAAAAAAGUUCAAUUGCAUUUCACUUGUAAGGAUGACUCAUUAUCACUAUAUCCAAUAUGGAUUACCUGCCAAAGAGUUGCGUAUAAAGGAAAGAGGCAAAACAGAACCCGGUAAGUGCUGUGGUGUACGUAUCGGAGAGGAUACUGUCCGGUACAUUAGGCUUGACCUUACAGUCGGGGAUCAUACCACGUUUAAUCAUCGUCAUGCAAUUAAGCUCAGCCAACUUCAGAAAUACAAGAAUGGCUUCUGUCGGCGAUCUCUAAUUCGAGGAAUCAGUUGCCCUGUGAAAUGUUUUCUUUUAUACUGCAACCUAACCUGCUUUUAAAAGUGCUCUACAAUGAUUCCUGAAUCCGAACAAAUGCUCACUAAUCUCUUUCCUACGUCGUACUCCUCCCAAAUCUGCCUGUUUAAUCAAAUAGCAUUUACAAUUUGUGGAAAACAAGUAUUCACCUCUUUUGCAUUUCAAAAUACUCGAGCAGAAGUUGUGAAUACUUUCUCUCGUUAAACUGGCCACAAAGCUACCAACAGAAUCACUUGCAGCACCUGUCCAACCACCUCCGAUGUCUUAAACAACAUAGCUAACUGUACACAACACUUUUCAGCCCCUCUGACAAAUCCAACAACUUCUCAAGCAUUGCAUGAAUGAGCUCCGACAGCAAAUCUAAGGUGAAAAAUGGUACAAAUGGCCAUCUUUUAUAAUAUUCCACAAGUCCAGCAAAGGCUUGCAUACACAUUUUGGCCUAACAAUUGAGUUUUAAACUCUUCAAAUAAAACCUAAAUUAGGCCGAGACAGACGACGGCAAUAUAAACAGCACAUCACGAGUAGAGGCCUUUAGUUGAACGUUGGUCAGUCGUCAAACUGCAUAAUGCAUUGCUCUCCAUAAUGGACCACAGAGAGCCAUGUGUAGGCAGGUUUCAACUUCAAAUCAAACACUACAACAGGUGAUUUUAGUGCUUAGCAUCGUCCAACAGAGAAGAGGAGCUAAUCAGUGAAAACAUCUGUUGUGUUUGGCUGGCUCUUGAAAGGCAACUGGUUGGAGACCACUGGCAACUGUAGUUAUAAAGAGGUGUCCACCUGACCUCAAAGCUGGAACAAUACAUCCUCUUUGUGUUAAACUACAUGCAAGUAUUAUAUAUGGAUCACUUAUAGAUCCCUUUUAAGGCAACAGCUUCAAAGGCUAAAUUUACAUUGAAAUUUGGCAUUGGCUGUACUGUCACAUACAGUAUGUACGACUAAACCAACGCUGCCACAUUAAGGCAUGUCGUAUACGUUUUCACACUGGAGUAAAAAGCAAAUCUUUGCUAACAGUCAUGUAGGACGGGGUCACAGAGGCCCAGUACCUUGCCGGUGCUGGGGGGUCAGGGAGGGGGGAGUUUGCACAGUGCACAGACAAUGUAGAUUGUGUAAGAGAGACAGAAGGAGAGAGACAGAGUUGUGAAUGCAGCAUAACGUCACAUAGAGCUUGCCACCCCAUUCCAUCCCUCAGUCUAACUACCGAGCAUCCUCUCAGUACAGGAUGAGUGGGUUCAGGCUGGGUCAGAACCAGGAAGGACCAGGCAGGAGAACAAGAGCCCAGUGCUGUCACUAGGAGAGAGAGAGAGUUGAGAACGGGGUCGGGCUGGAGUUGUUGCGGUUGGAGGACUUGACGAUGGUGAUGACGCUGGUGGUGGCCACCUUGCCCGGCGAGAGGGGCCCGCGGGUCACGGACCGGGCAAAACACUGCAGGGCCUCAUACUUGGCUCGCAGGGAAUCCAGCUCCAACUUCAUGCUGGCGUUCUCGCGGGCCAGCUUGUCCACCUCAUGCUGCAGAUCUAUCUUUUGUCUCUCCAGCUCCUCCUUCUGGGUGACACGUUUGAUGCGGCAGCUGGCGGCGUAUCCCCGGUUUUUCAGGGUCCGCCGCCGCUGCUUCAACUUUGCAACAUCAUCCUUGGUCAGCCCACGCAGGUGCAGGUUGAGCUCCCGCACGGACAUGGCCACCAACUCGUCGUCGCUGACCACUGGGGCAUUCUCACCCGCCUCCUUCUUUACCUGCAGGACAUGAGCAGAGGGUGAAGAACAACACCAUGUCUGAAUAUUGACAACAUCCACAUUUCUCAAACUUCUCUCGCUUACCUUUAAAGCGUUGCUCGUCUUAAAAUUAGUCGUCAUUCCCUGCAUGCAGACAACUGGCCAGAAUCUCACAGAAGACACACUGAAAAAAAAAAACAUUUAAAGUGAAACACAACAUAUAAGGUGAUGGAAAGUCACAAAGUAUUUAUUUAUAUAUAUUAUGUGCUGUAAAUACAAUUUAGAGAUACUGGCAUGUUACUUAAGUAUUUCCUUUAUAUACUUACUCCACUACAUUUAAUAGGGAAUUAUUGUACUUUUCAAUCCACUACAUUUAUUUGACAAUUUGGAAUACCGAUCACGUUACAGAUUAGGAUUUUAGAGACAAAAAUAUGAUCAAUAUCAUCUUUCUAUCAGAAAUAAUAAUUCAGUAACUUAAUAUAUAAUUCUAGAUCACUGACGGGGCAUUUUAGUUUUUAUAUUUUGAAGAUG